UACUUUAUAGUAUAUAAUAAAAUAUUAAUUUUGGAUCUUUGAUUUUGUGUAGUAUAUAUUAAAAAAUAAAAAUGGCUCUCGCUAGUAUGCAAAGGAAAACUAAUGUUCGAUUGCCUCCAGAAAUUAAUAGAGUUCUUUAUAUAAGAAACUUACCUUAUAAAAUAACAGCUGAAGAAAUGUAUGAUAUUUUUGGAAAAUAUGGUGCCAUUCGUCAAAUUAGAGUAGGCAAUACUCCAGAUACAAGAGGAACAGCAUUUGUAGUAUAUGAAGAUAUAUUUGAUGCAAAAAAUGCUUGUGAUCACUUAUCUGGAUUCAAUGUGUGCAAUCGAUACUUAGUGGUCUUAUAUUAUCAGUCUACCAAAGCAUUUAAAAAAUUGGAUACAGACAAGAAGAAAGCAGAAUUAGAAAAAGUUAAAAUGAAAUAUGGCCUUAGUGAAGAAAAUUAGAACUGAACUAAUUAAUUUUAUCUGCAAAUACUGUUUAAAGACAUAUAAUGUUUAUGGUAUUAAUUAACUUUAACCGA